CUGUAGUAGUCUAUAGUAAACUCUAAUUUAACGAGCAUAUUUUUAAUUUCCUUCCUUGUGUCAAAUCAGGUUUCAAGUUUGAAGAGUUAGACUAUAGCAAAAUAUCAACAUGGCUGCUUCCGAGGUGGAGAAACCUCCCUUGCUAGUGGUAGCUAUGGACUUCGGUACUACAUUUUCUGGUUAUGCGUUUGCUACACUGGAUGACUACAAAACUAAUCCAUUAUUAAUAUCAACUUAUACUUGGGCAACAGGGUCUCAAACUGGAAUGUCUUUGAAAACUCCAACAUGUAUUCUGUUUGAUUCUGAUGAAAAUUUUGUCGCAUUCGGAAAAGAUGCCGAGGACAAGUAUACUGAGCUUGCAAACGAAAACAUCCAUAAAGGAUGGCACUACUUUCGAAGAUUUAAAAUGGAUUUGUAUAAAACCGGGCCGCAGGAAAUGCCACGGGAUCUUAAAAUUAAAGACGAUCAAGGCAGGUCUAUGUCAGCCAUGAUAGUGUUUGCAGAGAGUAUAAAGUUCCUUAAAAAUCAUAUGAUGGGUGAAUGGGCCAAGAGAAAUCUGCAAAAAGCAUUUAAACCAGAUGAGAUCCAAUGGGUUUUAACAGUUCCCGCCAUUUGGAGUGAUGCGGCUAAACAAUUCAUGCGAGAGUCUGCUGUGGAGGGAGGUAUACGCAACACUAAGUUGAUUUUAGCAUUGGAACCCGAAGCAGCUUCUAUAUACUGUAAACAUAUCCCUAACGAACUUACAGUUACAGAUGGUCAAACUACAAUAGAUGCACUGUCACCAGGGACAAAAUACCUUAUCCUGGAUGCUGGAGGCGGUACCAUAGAUAUUACAGUACAAGAGGUUCAAGAGGACGGAUCUAUUAAACAACUGUACAUGGCUAAUGGUGGCGACUGGGGUGGUACGAAAGUCGACCUGGCCUUCGAAAAACUUUUGGAGGAAUUUGUAGGAAAGCCUGCUUUACAGAAAUUUCGACAAGAAAAUAAAUCUGGUCAAUUAGAUUUACAACGUGAAUUUGAAACAAACAAAAGAACAAUUAAAUCUGGUCAGACCAGUAAGACUACAAUACGAGUGCCUGUGUCCUUAAAAGAUGCUUACACGGCUGUUUCUGGUAAGGAACUGCAGAGUACAAAUGUAGCAAAAUUACAGAAAGAUAAACUGCGUCUGGCACCAGACACGGCCACUGACCUGUUUGCAGAACCAUGUGCGUACAUUGUAUCACAUCUUCAGAAGAUUUUUGAUGACCCAAAAGUAAAAGGAACCGACACCAUUCUUAUGGUGGGGGGAUUUUCUGAAUCACCUUUACUACAACAUGAAGUCAAGAAAGCAUUUCCAUCCAAAACCAUUAUCAUCCCACCAGAUGCAGGUCUAGCUGUACUUAAGGGAGCAGUCCAGUUUGGUUUUGAUCAAACUGUUAUCUCAACCAGGGUGUGUAAAGUGACAUACGGCAUAGCAAGUAGCAGUCCUUUUGAUGAAGGGAAAGACCCGGAAGAUAAAAAGUUUAUUGAUGAGGAUGGUGAUGUCUUGUGCAGAGGUCGAUUUAGUAAGCACGUAGAAAUCAGACAAUCUGUGAGAAUCGAUGAGGAGAUUAAAGAACAAAUCUAUUCACCGGUUUCUUCCGAUCAGACAUCAAUGGCAGUUGAUGUGUGGACGUCUACAAACAAAGAUCCGAGAUACACAGAUGAAAGGGGUUGUAGUCUUCACGGUAAAAUUUCUGUCGAACUUCCUGAUUCAAAACUAGGCGUUUGUCGGGAUGUUGGUGUUAAAAUGAUUUUUGGCAAGACGGAAUUAGAAGUGAAAGCCAUUGUUAGGCAUACAGGGAAAAGCACUGCUGCCAAAUUUGACUUCCUACGUUAAUAAAAAAAAAAAAAAAAAAAAAA